AUUCACCACCAUCGCUUUAUCUUCAUUUCCUUUGGCUUGAAUCUCACUAAGGGCAUCUCACCUCAUCCUUCCAACAUGACUCUUAAGCUAUACGGCUUUGUUCACUCCACCUGCACCCGUCGCGUGCGCACUGCCCUGGCCGAGAAAGGGCUGGACGUUGAUAUCGUCCCCAUCGACCUGGCCAAGGGCGAGCAGAGGACCUCCUCUUAUCUGAACGAUCUUCAGCCGUUUGGCAAGGUACCUGUGCUGCAGGAUACAGAAACAGGCAUCCAGAUCUACGAGAGUCGAGCCAUCACUCAAUACAUCGCUACCAAGUACCGCGGCCAGGGCACUGACUUGGCCCCUCCUGAGUCGGACUUGAAAGCCUUCGCCUAUUACCAGCAGGCCCUCUCCAUCGAACAAUCCUACUUCGACCCCCUCGCUUCUCAGAUCGCCUACGAAAAAGUCUUCAAGGCCCGCAAAGGUCACGGAGAGACCGACGAAGCCCGUGUCCAAUCCCUCUUUUCCCAGCUCGAACUCACUCUCGAAGGUUACGAGCGGGUCCUGUCCAAGCAGCCUUAUCUGGCCGGGCAGCAACUCACACUGGCGGACUUGGCUCACUUGCCGUACGGGGUUUUUAUUGAGCCAUUCGGAUUCACGGAGCUGGUGAGCAAGUUUCCUCAUGUGCAGAAGUGGUGGGAGGGGUUGAAGGCUAGGGAGAGCUGGAAGAAGGUCACUGCGUAGUGUGGGUAUCUUC